AUGGCACUUCAGGAUGUUUGUGAUUUCCUGGAGAUCCUUGAUGACAGCAGCCCGUGCACUUCUCUGGCGAAUGAGAUGGGAUACAUGUGGAGGACACCGUUUGAGUUUGACAGAGAUAGUCCUUUUCACUUUCUUUUCCCCCCUCAGCAGAACAGCAGAAAACACAAGACACCAACUGUUCUCUCUUCAACUUUAUCCUGUCUGUCACCUCACCAGCAACCCUUUCAGCUGUCACACGGUACCACCACUUUGGGGUUUAUAUUUCAGGAUGGCGUGAUAGCCGCUGCGGACACUCGUGCCAGCUGUAAGGGUCUGAUUUGCUGCCCGAUAAGUCAGAAGAUAAUGCCCAUCCACUCUCACCUGGUGGUCAACACCUCGGGAAGCGGUGCCGAUUGUAUGCUAUGGGAACGGAUUCUCACCCGAGAGAUGAGGCUUUACCAGCUUCGCCAUCGCAGGAGACUAAGCGUCAAUGGAGCUGCAAAGCUGCUCUCCAUGAUGCUUCAUCCAUUCAAAGGCACUAAUGUGUGCGUGGCGGCUACUCUAUGUGGAUGGGAUCGGUCUGGUCCCAGGGUGUGCUAUGUUUGCAGUGAUGGCCUGCAACUGAAAGGAGAGAUAAUAUCAGUGGGCUCAGGGUCACCCUAUGCAUACGCUGUGCUUGAUGAUGGUUGGAGAUGGGGAAUGACUGUGGAUGAGGCGGUGGGACUGGCCCGGGAGGCAGUUUUCAGAGCCACUCACUGGGAUGCCUACUCUGGGAAUAAUGUAGACCUUUUCCACAUCACUGCCCAUGGCUGCAGACGCAGAGACAGAGAAGAUCUGAAGGAGGAGUACUACAGAGAGAGGGAGAGAGAGAAGGAGAAGAUCAAGGAGAGGGAGAAAGAGAGACAGAAGAGAGAGCUGGUUGAAGGGGAAGGUGAAAUAUAUUCAGGACACUGUGGAUAG